CUCAUGAGCUUCAAUGUGAGGUCUGAAGAGUUUGCCGUCAUUAGAUAUCCUGACUAUGAAUCCGAUUAUACAAGUUGGAGAUUUGUGUUUUACGAAGAGAAAAUUGCCUUAGUGAAUGACUCUGACUUUGACAAAGAAGAUGUGAAUGAUGAACCAAACUUGGACAAUGAAGCUGUGAAUGAUGAACCGAAUGGGACUAAAGUUUUUCAUAUAAUUGUUUUGGAUGAGAGUACGCAACAAUGGGAUAAAACCCCCAUAAAUAUUCUUCACUGGGAAGAAGCUGUUGGAGAGAAGGGAUUUUAUUUCCAAGGUACCAUUGGAGAAAACGAACUUGUUUUUGCACAAAACUCUACCAAACGUGGCGGCCCUGACUAUUGUGUGUUGUAUAACAAUACAGAGACAGAAAGUUUCAGAAACUUUGAGAUUCAAGGAGUGGUUGGCAAUGAUGAAAGUGUUCGAACCUUCUUGGAUCACGUUGAUAGCCUUUACCUUAUGUGAAGAACAAGAAUUGGUCCGCUAAUUAUGAUCAAAGACUCGUUGGUUGUUCACUCUCUCAAAGUCCUAUUGUCGUUAAUUUUUUUACGUAUGCUAAAUAAAUAAAUAGUAAUGGUGUGCCUCUAGUAAUAGGUCAUAUUCUCGUGUUGACCUUUACUUAUGCUAAAAUAAUAAUGUUCUUUCAGUUCAGAUAUUUUAUAACUAUGUUUCUAAACAAUAA